ACACGACUUGGAGGUCUGAUAGCGCCAUCAUCGCUGCCGCGUCCGCCAUUGCCUGUGCCCGGAACGCUGUCGCCUGGACCAGUACCACUACCGCCGGCUCAGCCGCUGAUUCCGCUUGUCAUACCAGCAGCAGCAGCGGAUAAUUCGCCGCUUCCUCUGCCGUCGACAGUUGGUCCAGCCACAGUACCCAGUGUCGAUAUGCAGUAUGCUGACCGAACUGCUUCAUCAGCUACGGUCGCAUCACCACCAUAUCAGGUGCCCCCUUCGGGACAAACUUUUCUUGUUCUUCCGACAGACUUUCCACAACCACCAACAGCGCUUCCCGGCCCGUCAAUGUCAACGAUUGCUUCCCCUUCACCUCAAAUAUGCCCGAGGAUAGGAGCACUGGGACCUGGACCUCUUACAUCGUCAACACCGCAGCUUGCAUUGCCAUCAGCGUUUCCAGCGCCAUCUGAGCAGCCGCCACAGAUCGAUUGUCCUGGAGCAGGAUAUGCUUCCACCAGUAUCCUCGAUGAAAUGUGUUUUACGGAUUCUCCAGAUGAAGCUGGAUGCCCUCGUGAAGCUGGCAGCGUGGGAAGUUCGGUAAUUCUGUUGGCUUUUCCAUUAUUUUUGUGA